CAAAUGUCGAGUUUAGCUAACGGAGCGUUUGCAAAUCUUAUUUCAUUGGAAGUAUUAUACCUGCAGAACAACAAGAUUACUUCAAUAGACGCGAAUACGUUCUCUGUAUUAACAUCAAUAUUGUUUCUACGUUUACACGAAAACCACAUUUCCAGUAUAGAACCUGGGGCGUUCAAAGGUCUUGGUUUAAUGAGAAGAUUAAGUCUGAACGAUAAUAAUUUGACAACAGUAUCAGCCAAUCUGUUUGAUUCAUCGACAAAUUUAGAACAAUUGAGAUUACAAGGAAAUCUGCUAAUGUGUUGUGCCAUGAUAGAUUUGAUCGAAUGGGCACAAAAUCAAACCAGAUUAAGCCAGUUUAAUGGAACAUGCCAUGAUUCCAACAUAGCAACUGACAUCAACAGCUUUAAUUCAUCAAGUUGUCCAGUUGAUGGACAAUGGGGCCCCUGGUCGACUGCCUCGUGCUCUUUAUCAUGUGGAAAUGGUAUUGGUAGCAGAAAAAGAAACUGUGAGAACCCAAAACCUUCUGUCGAUGGAAAAGAUUGUGUUGGACCUAGUAUGGAAUCAAUGAUCUGUAACUUAGGAGAAUGUCAAGAAUCAUGCAAAGAAUCAGACAAAAAAUCAGAAUGGAAGAAAGCAAAAUAAGGAAAGUGGCGAAGAAAUAGCAGAAGACAAUGGCAUUAAAGAAAAGAUAAAUAAAAAAUAUGGAUCUGUGUGACACUGCAAGAACAUAUUAGUUGGAUUAUCUUUUCUAAAAAGAUUUAUAUGGGAAUCAUAUUAAGUUGUAUUGCUUCUUACAAUAAUAUUUCGUUUAACUACCUUUGUUGUUUUGGUAGCAUAAUUUGU